AUGCGAAACUGUACUGAUGGCUGUAUCUCAGGAUACUGGGGAAGUACAUGCAGUUUCGAAUGCCCUGUUGAUUGUCUACAGUGUUUAGAUAAUACAUGCACAAAAUGUAGAGCGUUUUUUUACGGAUCAUCUUGUGGUUCCAACUGCAGAGAAACAUGUCCCACUGAAGGUUGCCAUAUGGAUGGUACUUGCAGAGAUGAUCAUCAAUCAGUUGCCUGCGCUAAUGGAAACUUUGGGCCGAAAUGCCAGUUUGGCUGCAACGAGAACUGUGCCUUUCGUGCUUGUAAUCGUUCCUCUGGUGUCUGUCUGCACGGGUGUGAAAAAGGCCACUUUGGAUCAAGAUGUGAAUUCCGAUGUACCACUAACUGUAAAGGAGCACUGUGUGAUGCCCAAGGCAGGUGUCUAGCUGGCUGUACAUCGGGCUACUAUGGGCAAGACUGUGAUGAGCAGUGCAGUGACGAAUGUCGUCAACGUGUAUGUGAUCUGAAAACAGGUUACUGUAUCAACGGCUGCAACGAUGGACACUACGGCUUUCUCUGCAACAGGUCGUGUGUAGGGGAUUGUUCUGUCUGUAACCGGGAGAACGGACUAUGCCUCGUAGAUGAAGUACAACCAGAACCGACGCUGGAUACAAAGGACGGGGACGUCCAGAUGACACCGUCAGUGAACUAUGUCAUAGGAUUUGUGGUGUUGCUGCUGGUUUCUGGAACAGCAGCUUUCCUCAUUAGAAGGUCAUGUACGUCAUCGUCCAUCAGGACCAACAGGUUCUUGCUAAGUCUCCAAGGCUGA